AUGCUCAAGCCCUCCACAACGUCGAUCAUAAGUCAUCUCUGUGUCAAUUACUUGAGUCCACCAUUGUCUAAUAUGUCAGCACAGGACUGGAACAUUCAUGAUCCCGACUUGUCUUCACUGGGCUUAGAGCAGUGCCAAGAGCUGAGGGAGCAUUUGCUCCAGCGUUUCGGCAAUGAGACGGACGCUCUCGUCAUCGUUAGCCCGAUGAGACGAACGAUUCAGACCGCUCUCUUGUCGCUGGACUGGUUGAUCAAAAAGGGUGUGCACAUACAGGCCGAUGCCCGAUGGCAAGGCAGCAGCAUCGCCAACCUGAAGGCCGAGUUUCCCAGCGUCGACUUUUCCACCGUAGAUAGUGUAUAUCCAGAUAAGACAUCUCUUUCUGGAGCCGAAUAUGCGUUUACAAAGGAAGCCAUCUUGAGGCGCGCUCGGGCAGGUAUUCGUAGCAUUCACGAACGCAAGGAAAAACUUAUAUUUGUCGUUUCCCAUUCCGGUUUCUUGCGCCUUGGUGUAACGGGACACUGGUUCUUCAAUGGAGAUUAUAGAAUGUUUGAGCUAGAUAAGGACGAAAGAAUCGACCAGCCGCCAAAGCUCAGGCAGCUAGAAUCAACCCUCAGAGGUGGGCUCGGCAAGUCUUGGACUGAUCCCGUGGUCAUUGGCUCUGGAUUGCCAGCUCCCGAAAUAUAUCCUGAAGACAAAACCGGUAGCUAG